GGGCGGUCUCGGGGUGGAAGGAAGGUGGUGACCGGGCCGGGGAUGUCCGCCUCGGGGCUGCGUGCUGGUGAUGGCUCUCCGUCUGGUCGUAGAUUUCGAUCUCCGGAAAGACGUGCUCCCCUGGCUGCGGGCGCAGGGCGCGGAAGGCGGCGGCGCAGAUGUAUGGGAGACAAAUUAUGAGAGCUUACGUGUACUAAACGUUGAAAGAAAUGGGAAUAUUAUUUAUACCUAUAAGGAUGAUAAAAGAAAUGUCAUCUUUGGAUUCUAUGAUUGCCAAACCAAACAGAACAAGCAUCUUUAUACCUUUGAAAAAGACUUGCAAGUCAUUAGUGGCUCUAUCAACAGUGAGAAAACAUUGCUUGCUGCAAGUUUAGUUCAAUCUACUGAAGAAGGAAGAAGGAAUGAGCUUCAACCAGGCUCAAGGUGCCUGACUUUGCUGGUGGAAAUCUACCCUGUUAAUAAUGUGAAAGUUCUCAAAGCAGUGGAUAGCUCUAUUUGGGUACAGUUCCUCUAUCCAUAUGUUGAAAGUCACCCUCAUUCCCAGAAUCACCUGUUACUGAUUUCAGAAGAGAAAUAUAUUGAGCAAGUUCAUAUCCAGGUUACCCAAGAAGAUGGAGAUACAGUGGUAAUUAAAAAUUCUAACCAUCUCCCCAGAGACAGAAUAGCUGAGGAUUUUGUUUGGGCUCAGUGGGAUAUGGCAGAGCAGAGAUUAUACUACAUCAAUCUGAAGAAAUCAAAGAGUAUCUUAAAAUGCAUCCAGUUUUAUGCUGACAAGAGCUUUAACUUAAUGUUCGAAACACCGCUGGACAUAUCAUUAAAAGACUUGGGAUUUAAACUUGUCAACUUUGGGUGUGAAUAUCAUCAAAAUACAUUAUCCAAACAGUCGACUCUCUGUGUUUUUACCAAUCAUACAGGAAGUUUGUGUGUAUGUUACAGCCCAAAGUUUGACUCUUGGGAGCAAAUCACAUAUUCAGUAUUUUACCUUCAUAAAGGAUACAGCAAGACGUUCACUGCUGCUCUUGGGAGAGCUGGCUUGCCUGGGCCCAUGGGGAUAACCUUUCUCAACCUUGGCUAUUAUGUGGCUGUUUACUUACCUGGUCAUUUCUUUCAUUUGCUCAACGUUCAAUAUCCAGACUUGCGGUGCCACAAUCUGUUUCUGAAAGGAAACAAUAAAAUGUUCGAUGUGCUACCUCAUUGUCCCUUACGGUCGCUGUCAGGUUCCCGGAUGCUGGACUGGUGUUCUGGGAAGCUCUACCAAGCAUUCUUAGACCAGUCCUAUUUAUUGUGGUUCCUGUGGAACACCAGCCUGGAUUGGGAAAAGAUAGCUGCUUUGCACUGUGUGCUUUCCUGUGGUCGAGACCCCUGUUUCCUGGAAGGCCAGAUUAUUCAGUGGAUUUCUGAGAACUUGACUGCCUGCCAUUCAUUUGACCUCCUUCAGGAAUUUCUAAUUGCCUCUUCCUAUUGGAGCAUAUUUCUAGAGUCCUGCACGGUGGCCAUGCUCUUUCCUUGGUCCUCGGUGCUCACUUGGAACAUGGAAAUUCCUGGAAUAACCCUUGUGACCGAAGAGAUUGCAUUGCCCCUCAUGAAGGUCCAUAGCUUUAAGGGCUACUGGGAAAGACUGAACACCAACCUCCAGUAUGUCAAGUACACCAAGCCACGCUUACACUAUCACAACAGCGUGGUCGGGAGAGAGUGGCACAACCUGAUCUCUGAAGAGAAAACAGGAAAAAGAAGGGCCACAGCAUAUGUGAGGAAUAUUCUUGAUAAUGCUCUAAAGGUGAUUUCUAACAUAGAAGCAAGGAAUUCAGAGCCAAGAUUAAUGCCGCUCUUGCAGGAGGAUGACCACCACCAGCGGCUGCUCAUCGGGCUGAUGGUGUCCGAGCUGAAAGACCAUCUUUUGAGACACCUACAGGGAGUAGAAAGGAAGAACAUUGAACAGUUGGCUCUGGACUAUGUUUCCAAACUGCUGGAUCUCAUUUGCCGCAUCCUGGAAAGCACCUGGAGGAAACACAAGCUUAACCCUUGGGUUCUCCGCUGCAAAAGGCCUAACAGUGCUGCUGAGUUUGCAGUCUUUCACACCAUGACCAGGAUUUUGGAAGCUACCAGCAGUUUGCUUUUACCUCUGCCUCCUGGAUUCCACACUCUGCACAUGAUCCUUGGGGUCAACUGCCUCCCUUUGCAUAACCUACUACAUUACGUUGAUAAUGGAGUGUUGCUGCUUACCGAGACAGCUGUCACACGGCUCAUGAAAGAUCUGGACAACACAGAGAAAAAUGAAAAACUAAAAUUCGGCAUUAUUGUGCGGCUUCCUCCGCUUAUUGGUCAGAAGAUCUGCCGACUUUGGGAUCAUCCUGUGAGUUCCAACAUCAUUUCGAGGAACCACGUGACGCGACUGCUCCAGAACUAUAAGAAACAGGCUCAGAAUUCUGUGAUCAAAAAGUCAUCAUUCACUGUCGAAUUUUUGCCUCUCAACUACUUCAUUGAAAUUCUGACCCAUCUAGAGUCCUCCAAUCAAGCUCUGUGUGAUUUUGAGGGCCAUGACAACGUGGAUGCAGAAUUUGUAGAAGAAGCAGCACUGAAACACACUACCAUGCUUUUAGGUUUAUAAAAGAAAAAAUGCAAUUGGAUCUGCUUCCAAUUUUAAUAGUCCUCAUUGGUCUUA